ACUUUCCCCUGUUUCGUCUUCUUCAAAGUUCAAACAUUUCACCAUAACUUUCUUCUCAGAACCUCCAAUCAAUCUGCCCCGCCAUUCCCUCCUCAAUUCUAUCUCCCUCUUAUCUUAAUAACCCACUUCCAUUUUCUUAUGUAAUUUCAUGUUCUCGCUUCCAUGGCCUCCCUCUGCUUUCCAUUCCCAUCUCUUCUUCUUCUUUUUCUUCUUAGCCCUUCUUUUGCCGUUGCUCAGACAACAAACCCAAAUAUAACUUUAGGCAAAUCUCUCACUGCUCAUUCCGGCGAUUCCUUCUGGUCCUCUGCUUCUGGUGAUUUUGCUUUCGGUUUUCGUCAAGCUUUAGGGGGAGACUAUUUGUUAGCAAUUUGGUUCAAUAAAAUUGAUGAUAAAACCGUCGUUUGGUCUGCUAAUCGGGACAAAUUAGCGCCGGAAGGUUCCACCGUUGUACUUACAAAAAGUGGUCAACUCGUCCUCAACGACCCUGCCGGCAAGCAAAUCUGGGCUUCAACUUUUACGGCUACUAAUCAAUCUGUUUCCUUUGCAGUCCUUCUUGAUAAUGGAAAUUUCAUUCUCGCAGCUAACGAUUCUGAAAUUGUUUGGCAAAGCUUCGAUUACCCGACAGAUACGAUUUUACCGUCACAGAUUCUGAAUAAGGGAAAAAAACUGGUUGCUUCUUAUUCAGAAACGAAUUACUCAAGUGGGAGAUUUGAAUUUUCUAUGCAAACUGAUGGGAAUCUCGUGCUUUACACAAGAAAUUUUCCUUCCGAUGUACUAAGUACAGAUUAUUGGUCACCUAACACUCAGAGUUUCGGCUUUCAAGUGGUCUUCAACCUCUCUGGUUCUAUUGUUCUCAUCGCAGAGAAUAAAACCAUUCUCAACAAUCUCUCAUCAAAUAAUCCCACAGCUCAAACUUUCUACCAGCGAGCAAUUUUGGAACAUGAUGGGGUUUUUAGACAUUAUAUUUACCCAAGGAGCGGCACCGGAAGAAACUCAUCUUGGCCUAAAGCUUGGUCGGUGUCGAAAUUCAUUCCUUCCAACAUAUGUUUGGCAAUUAGUGAAGGUUCGGACAGUGGAGCUUGUGGGUUCAAUAGCUACUGCAGGCUUGGGGAUGAUCAAAAGCCAUUUUGCACUUGUCCUGAUGGGUAUGUCUUGCUUGAUCCAAAUGAUGUAACAAAAAGUUGUAAACCCAAUUUUGUUCCUCAAAGCUGUGCGUAUCCUGAAAUUGAUAACUUUGAUUUUGUUUCUAUGGACAAUACGGAUUGGCCUCAAUCUGAUUACGGCCAUUACCUACCAGUCAAUGAAGAUUGGUGCAGAAACGAAUGUUUAAAAGAUUGUUUUUGUGCGGCAGCCAUUUUUAGAGAUGGAAAUUGUUGGAAGAAGAAGUUCCCACUUUCAUUUGGGAAAAUGGAUUAUAGCGUGGGAGGAAAAGCUCUUAUCAAAAUCAGGAGAAGCAAUUCAACUCUGCAAUCUCAAAACCUUGACAAGAAUUGCAAUAACAAAACAAAGAUAGUCAUUGGAUCAGUUUUGUUAGGAAGCUCUUUAUUUCUUAAUAUCCUCUUAUUCCUACUCACUUUAUUGAUCGGCCAUCGAUUCAGUAGAAGGAAAUUAAAGUUUAAUGGAGAAGACCCUUUCAUUUUAGGUGUGAAUCUAAGAGCUUUUAGCUAUGAAGCGCUUAACAAAGCCACUAAGGGAUUCAAAGAGCAACUGGGAAGUGGUGCAUUUGCUACUGUUUAUAAAGGGACUCUUGAUGACAACAACUUGGUGGCAGUUAAAAAGUUGGAGAACAUAGCGAAGGGAGGAUCGGGAGAGAAUGAAUUUAAAGUUGAAGUAAGUGCGAUUGCUCGAUCAAACCAUAAGAAUUUGGUUAAAUUAGUUGGUUUUUGUAACGAAGGAGAACACAGAAUGUUGGUUUAUGAGUUCAUGGAAAAUGGGUCUCUUGCAGAUUUUCUUUUUAAGCCUUCAAAGCCAACUUGGUAUACAAGAAUUCAGCUUGUUUUAGGAAUUGCAAGAGGGUUAAGUUACUUACAUGAAGAGUGCAGUACUCAGAUCAUUCAUUGUGAUAUCAAGCCACAAAACAUCCUUCUUGAUGACAGUUAUGGUGCAAAAAUUGCAGAUUUUGGAUUGGCUAAACUUCUGAAGAAAGAUCAAACACGAACCAUGACUGCAAUUAGAGGAACAAAAGGGUAUGUGGCUCCUGAAUGGUUUAGAAGCUUUCCCAUUACAGUGAAAGUUGAUGUUUAUAGCUUUGGGAUUCUGUUGCUGGAGAUAAUCUGUUGUAGAAAGAAUUUUGAAAUGGAAACAGAAGACGAAGAUGAAAUGAUACUAAGUGAUUGGGUAUAUGAUUGUAUGAAUGAGAAGGAAAUUGAGAAGUUGGUAAGAGAUGAUGAAGAAGCAAGAGAUGAUAUGAAGAGAGUGGAGAGAUUUGUUAAGAUUGGAAUAUGGUGUAUUCAGGAGGAGCCAUCUCUAAGGCCAUCCAUGAAGAAAGUGGUACAAAUGCUUGAAGGUGCAGUUGAAGUAUCAACUCCUCCUGAUCCAUCUUCAUUUAUUAGUGCAAUUAAGUAAUAACAUUGUCUCUUUCUCUUCUUCCAUAUUUUAUGUAUAAUCCAAUGACUCAUCUGCAUUAUCAUAUAGUCAUGUAUGUAAAUAAAAUUUAGCAAGUUCAUUGAAAUAGUUGAAAACUAAAAUGCCCCUCAGGUUACGUUGUCA